CAGAAGGUGGGAUUGAAUAUAUUCUGUGCGGAUACCGAAGUUAAUUUCGAAAUGAGUUUCCACUACGGUCAGGGUCAUCAACAUCCACCCCCAGGCGCUCCAUACGGGGCCGCCUCUCCAGGUGGUCAGUAUGCUGGAGGGGCCGCCCCAGGAGGUCCCUACGGGGGAUAUGGGGCCCCAGGACAGGGGGGGCAGGCUGGACAGUUUGGCCCAGGGCCUAGGGGAGCACCAGGGGCCCCAUACGGAGGGUCCUAUGGUGGGGGGUAUGGAGGACAACCACAGGGAGGGCCCUAUGGACAGCAGUCUCCAGCAGGUAACAUACCACCAGGGGUGAACCCAGAAGCGUACCAGUGGUUCCAGACAGUCGACACAGACCAUAGCGGUUCCAUCACUCUAAAGGAACUGAAACAGGCUCUGGUAAACUCCAACUGGUCAGCCUUCAACGACGAGACCUGCCUUAUGAUGAUCAACAUGUUUGACAAGACCAAGUGUGGUCGUAUCGACCUGUUCGGGUUCUCAGCCCUGUGGGUCUUCAUGCAGCAGUGGAGACAGCUGUUCCAACAGUACGACCGCGACCGCUCCGGCUGCAUCAGUGGCACUGAGCUACACCAAGCCCUGUCCCAGAUGGGAUACAACCUGAGCCCCCAGUUCACUGAAACUAUAGCGGCCAAGUACUCUGUGAGGUCUGGGCGUCCUGGCUCAAUGCAGCUGGACUGUUUCAUCCAGGUCUGUACACAGCUACAGAGCAUGACGCAGGCCUUCAGGGAGAAAGACUCCGCCAUGACGGGAAACAUACGCAUGAGCUAUGAAGACUUCCUCUCCACCACCGUCAACAGACUCAUGUGAUGACAAAAAACACAACGGUAAUAUCCACCACGACCCACCAAUAUUAGGCAAGGUUAGCCAGAGUCCCAUUCUGUUUGUGCCAUCAUAUCAACUCCCUGUCACUCGUUGUCAAACUGUUUUGGAUGGAGAGUGGAAAGAAAUGGCUCUGAGCACCUUGGAUAAAAGAUGGCGUGGUGGAGACCAAAUGAGUCAAACUGGGGAUGGGGAAAGAGGGCAAAGGAGUGAUCACUCCCUCUCUCUGUAUCUAUGAAAUUAAAAUAAUGGGUGUUCGACUGCAGGGGACAAGCUAAGCUAUGAUGUUGUAUAAAAAUGAAAGCAAUAACCGCUGUAUGUAUGUACUGCUAACAUAUGUCAAAUACAGGGCUUGAUUUGCAUGGUUGAACUUGAUGUGCCAUUUUAAACCUUAUGUGUAGUGUCAAUCUCAUAGCGCCAGUUUCCUGAACCCAGAUUAAGCCUCAUCCUGGACUAUAAAGCACUUUCAACGGAGAUUCUCCAAUGAGCAUGUUUUUUAAGUCCAGGGAUAGACUUAAUCUGAGUCUGGGAAGCCAGCUCAAAGUGCAGCUGGGUAACAGAUGCAUACGUUGCAUGUAUGACACUCAGUUCGCUCGGACAAUGUGCCUAAUCAUUGUUAAGACGCCAAGUGUUUCUUAAAGACACCAAAGCCAGUUAACUGUGUAGCAUUACCAGUGUCGUUGUGGCCACAUCACUUCAGUGUUGAAAAGAAGAGAGAGAACCCUGCAGGUAGUUAUGAUGGUUAUGGCUGUUGAUAAUCACCAUUGCACUUUGCCUCCAGUUAUAUUUCAGCUAUAUUAUAUAUAUACUAUAUUGGUAUAGUUAAAUUCAGGACCAAUUUUCUUUCUGUCUAUCCUUUCAUUUGUGUACAUCAAAAUGUAUUGUUUAGUACCAUAACAUUUAACAUUUUAACACUUGAAGUUGUGUCCUAAUAAAUGUUUCUAAAUCAAAGUUUAUGGGUGGCGUAAGUUUAGCAGAUGUUAUAGCGGGUGCAGUGAAAUUCUUAUGUUUUCUAGCUUCUAACAAUGCAGUAAAAUGUCAAACAAGUACAAAAAUAAUACAGAAAUCAAGAAAUGUCGGAACUAAUCCAAUUAACAACCCAUAUAGCACUGUAGCAGUAAUCAAAUGUAAUCUAUACGUAUCUUCACUGGAUUAAUUUACAAGAUGCACUAAGAAUGAUAUGAACAGCAGUAGAUACACUAAACAAAAAUAUAAAGGCAACAUGUAAAGUGUUUGGUUUCAUGAGCUGAAAUAAAAGAUCCCAGAAAUG